AUGGUGCAGGAGCCACACGCCGGCUAUGCAGGGGCGAUGGACAGCUUUGUCCUGCACACUGUUUCCACCGGGGCCAUGCACUGCAGCACCAGGACAAGAAACCCGGAGGUCCUAUUCCCCUUAGGCCCUCGCAGCCUGCCCGCAGAAAUCGGCAAUGCUGUGGGUGCUGCCCCUCGGAGCACCAGCUCGGCCCCGCCAUUGCUGCCUCUGUGCCAGGACAGAUCUGUGUCAGACUACUCCAGCGGGCUGCUGGCCUGCAGCCCUGCAGCCCCGCCAGGCAGCGAGCUCCCUGCCCGAGCCUGCACCGUCUACCGGCCCUGGUUCUCGCCCUACAGCUACCUCGUACACACCAAAGGAGAUGCCGGGCAGCCCCUGAGCAGCCUCUCCUCCAGCCUGACCACCAGCGCCCAGGAGUGUGAGGAGUCUGAUGACCUCUCUGAGACUGUUUGCUCCUCUGGAUCCUCAGAUGAGCCCCAGCACCCCAAGAAGGCCAGGCGGGCCAGCAUCACGGUCCGGGAUAUCCUCAUCGCUUCCCAGCAGCAGCCGGUGCCCCAGGGCGGCUACCAGUGCAUGUCGUGCUGCCGCAUCUUCCCCGUGCUCUGGUCGGUCAAGACACACAUCCAGAACAGCGCCCAGGAAGGCUACAGCUGCAAGGUGUACUACCGCAGGCUCAAGGCCCUGUGGGAGAAGGAGCAGGAGGAGCAGGAGGCGCAGGAGGCUGCAUCCCCCAGGGUGCCCGCGUAG